GAAAAAUAAAUACAUGCAUGGCUUGCAGUGAGCUUUUUCUUUUUUUCCCUAAUCUCGAGUUUUCUGUUUGAUUGUUGUCGCUGCGCACCAAUAGGACUCGCUCCAGCCUGCUCACCCAACGCCCAUGGAGCUCACCGAUCACUCAAGUCAGUCGCAGACUGAUGAAAAAGCAGUGGCAGAGUCACCUCCGACCGGCAAUAUGGAGAGGAAAUUUAGCCAUGAUGAGGUUGUUGCGUACGAAGAGAUGGGUGCGCCUGUGGACAACCCAAUGACCUUCCGUCGGUUCAUGGGAUUUACAGCGAUGGCUUUCCUAUGGACUGGGAGCCAAAUUCCAGUCUAUCUCUUCGGAGGCAUACCACCUUACAUCUACGAAGACAUUGGCGGCUCGGAUCGAUGGGUUUGGUUUGUCCUGGCGAAUUUGCUGGCACUUGCUGGUGUCUGCCCUUUUGUCGGAUCACUUUCAGAUUUGAUCGGUCGUCGAUACGUUGCCCUCAUCGGUGCCUCCCUUGUUUGCCUUGGUAUGAUAGUCAGCAGUACCGCAAAUACGAUGAACAUUUUCAUUGCGGGAAUGGCAAUAGCGGGCGCAGGUGCAGGUAUCAAUGAGUUGACUGCAUUAGCCGCCACCUCAGAAAUGGCUCCAACUCGACAAAGAGGAAAAUAUGUCUCAGUGUUGAUUUUCACCAUCUUGCCAUUUUGCCCAUCUGUACUGUGGGCUCAGCUUAUUGCAGCAUACAGCGGCUGGCGCUAUGUCGGAGCUUUCUGCGGAGCAUGGAGUGGUUUCGGUUUGCUCAUCACAGCCCUCUUUUACUUCCCGCCACCACGAGUCAAUUCAGAAGGCUUGACGAGAUCCGAUAUUAUCAGUCGUAUAGACUUCAUCGGGGGGUUCCUCAGUAUUUCUGGCCUUAUCAUCUUCUUGGCCGGACUGCAAUGGGGCGGAUAUAUGUAUGACUGGACAUCCGCUCAUGUUCUGGUUCCCCUGAUUCUUGGUUUUGUAGUCUUGGUUGUGUUUGCAUUUUGGGAGAUCUAUGGUGCCAAAUAUCCCAUCUUUCCAAGCCGACUAAAGCAAGAGCCACGCAUUUUGGGCUUGACCCUAGUCAUCACGUUCAUCUCAGGGGCAAACUUCUUCUCUGUUCUCAUGUUCUGGCCCACACAGUCAUUCAACGUGUAUGGUCACGAUCCCGUCGACGUUGGUGUUCGGAGUAUCCCCAUCGGGUUCGGCAUCAUGGCAGGUGCUUGUAUCGUCCUAUGGCUCCUCAGUGUCUUGCAUGGCCACAACAAGGAACUUCUCAUCAUCAGUAGCGUCCUUAUGACAGCAGGCUGCGGUGCCAUGUCAAUAGGCCGACCAGACAACCUAUACCAACUCUGGGGCAUCCUAAUCAUCGCAGGCCUAGGAAUCGGGGGCAUAAUCGUCCCAGCCUCAAUCAUCACAACAAUUAUAUGUCCAGACGACCUCAUCGCCACCAUCUCAGCCCUCACCCUCUCCAUCCGCGUCGCCGGCGGCGGCAUCGGCUACACAAUCUACUACAACAUCUUCAUCUCCAAAUUCGUCCCCAACGCACAACACUACAUCGGCGGCGUCAUGCUCACCGAGCUCAACAUAACUAACACCACGUACAUCGCCGAAGCGAUCGAAAUGACCGGUGCGUCUCUGCUCGACGAAUUAAAGCUCAUCCCCGGCAUCGCGGGUAACGAGACUGCGUACAAUGCCGUCGUGGCGGCGGGUCAGCUCGCCUACGCUGAGAGCUAUAAGUGGGUGUAUUAUGCUAGUAUUGGGUUCGGGGGCGUGUCUAUCAUCGCUGCUUGUUUCUUGGGAAAUAUUCAAAAGUAUAUGAAUGAUCAUGUGGCUGUUGUGAUGCAUUGA